AUGGCCGAACAUUGGAAAUCAACACCACGUUACUGGUGCAAACAAUGCAAGAUCUUCAUUCGCGACACACCCUUCGAAAAGACUCAACAUGAAGCAAGCCCCAAACACCAAGGCAGCCUGAAGCGCUUUCUGCGUGACAUCCACAAAAACAAUGAAAUUCAACAACGAGACUCACAACGCGCCAAAAGCGAGGUAGAGCGUUUGCGACAGGCCGUUUCGGGCGGGGCCUCCGAUUCGAAGGACACCAAAGCUGCCUCAUCUGCGCCAGCCGCGAAACGUACCGCUGCCCCGGCAGAAAGACCCGUCGGUGUGGAGGAGAGGAAGAAACAGAUGGCGCAGCUUGCUGAAAUGGGAAUCGCCAUUCCCGACGAAUACCGUGGAGAUCUGUCAUUAGCAGGACAAUGGCAGACGCUUUCUGAGUCCAGCCUGGAUCCGGAGGCAGCAGCGGCUGCCAAAUCGGUUGGUGUGCGCAAGCGCAAGCUUGAUGGCGACGAGGAUGAAGAGGGCGAGGCGAUUCCAGAGCAAUAUGUUAGCAAAGGGUGGGGAUCAAGGAUGAAGAUAUACCCUGGUGCACAGGAUGAUGUCGAUGAAGAUCUGGAUGCUUUACUUGCGUCUACGAAGGAUUUGAAGAAGGUGAAAAUGGAUACACCGACAGUGGACUCUGGGGAGGUGAAAUCGGAGUUUGAACUGCCCCCCAAACAGGAGGAUACAACUGGUGAUGCCAAUACCAAACCUACUGUAGCCACGGCUUCGGAGGGGGAUCAAUCGACUACGGCCAAGACGGAGGAACUGGAUCUCUCUAGUAUUCCGCUCGCCAACGAUGAUCCCGAAAGCGAAGAAGCCCCUGGUGUUGUUUUCAAGAAGCGCAAGCCCAAGGUCAUUAGGAAGUGA